UCCUUUUUUGUUUUUGUAUUUUUAAACCAAACUGGUUUUGAAUGUGAAAUAAUAAUUGGUUGUUAAGUGACAAAAAUGUAAGGAAAAGAAGCAAAAAACCAACAUGAGGAAACUGUUUAGAUGAUGAUAAUGUUAAGAUGUUUGCUUUGUCACGAAUUUUGGCGAUUUUGUACGUCUUUUGCCUGAUUUUUGAAGUUCGUUGUCAAUGUACAUUUGGAACGACGUUUGCCAGUACAUCAUGGCAUGAUAAUACAAAAGGAACACUUACAUUUACCUCUACAGGUAUGACAGGGUUGUCAUUUAAGUCUAUAAGAACUGUUGGGACAUCAACUAUUUCAUCGUGGCAGUGUGUUAACCACACAGACGAUACGUAUCUCAUUUUAAGGACCACCAGUACGUUUGCCUUCCAACCUUUAAGUUCAACAACGAGUACUAACGUAUAUGCUUACGCAUGUUUACAACUGACGUCAGUGACGUCAAACUCGUUCAUAUAUUACCAGCGACAAGUUCAAGAAAUCAACCUAGGCGGCGAGAGGCUAAAGAUUAGUGCCUCGUCUACACUGUUACAGGAUGAUGUAUGUGAUACAACCAUAACCGUGCCAACCACAGAGUACCACGUUCUUGUCAAGUCAGGCUCUGAAGCCAGUGCUGCUAUUCAAUGUCCAGACUCAUUACUUUUUGCUGCUGACUUCACUUACUAUGCCAGCGACGGUACGUCUGCUUGCUCGUCCUCCGGAGACCGGUGGGACGUUUGUGCUAGUAAAUCAGAAAUGGCUAUCACCACGAACACGUGUACUCAAGAAAUAGCAUUUUCAGCGGACGGCAACUUUUACUGUGUAGCAAACAUAAUCAGCAACGGCUACGACUAUACAACUGUUUAUAACAGAGACUCGACUAUCUCCUCCACAACUAACAGGUUUGCUUGUUUGAGUAUAUGCGGAGAUGAUAUAUCUGUUGCCCCUGGAAACUGUACUGCAUACCAAACACCAUUUAGCUACCCGCUAGAAGCCGACCAGGCCACCAAAACUGGUCACAGAAUUGUAAUCACGGAUAAAUACGGUAAUAACGCAUUUUUUUGCCAAAGUAAAAACAUCAAACCAAGGUAG